AUGGAUCUGACGUCGCCCAUCCGCCUCGCCAAUGGCGCCUCCAUGCCCCGCCUCGCCUGUGCGCCCUCCCCCCUAUUCAUCCUCCCCCUUCCGCCUUACCUCUAUCCACCCUCCCCCUUCCACCAUCCCCCCUGUUCCAUAUCCCCUCCCUCCGCCUUUCCCUUCCUCCGCAUUGCAUUGGGCACAUUCAAGGCCAAAGGGGGGGAGGUGAAGGAGGCAGUUAAAGCAGCCUUGGCGGCUGGAUACAGGCACAUAGAUACUGCAUCAGUGUACAAGAACGAAGCGGAAAUCGGGGAGGCUAUUAGGGAGUACGGCAUUGCGAGGGAGGAGGUUUUUAUCACCUCCAAGGCCUCGCCUUACGAGCAUGGGUUCCAGCAGGCUCUAGCAGCAUGUGCUGCAUCCUUGGAGCGUCUGCAAACAGAGUACCUGGACCUCUACCUGCUGCACUGGCCUGGAGUAGCGAAGCUAGAUAGGGCGUCUGAGAAGAAUGCGGAGAUUCGGCUGGAGUCUUGGCGCGCUUUGGAGCAGCUUCAGAGAGAAGGUAAAUGCCGCGCCAUUGGAGUCAGCAACUUCACUGCCGCCCAUCUGGACCACUUGAUCACAAACUCUGCCGCCCCGCCAGCUGUCAACCAGGUGGAGGUGCACCCGCUGCUGACUCAGCAGUCUCUGCGAGCCUACUGUGCUGAGCGUGGCAUCUGUGGGUCUCUGUUGCUACCAGGUGGGUCGGGCUUUGGCACCUUUGGGUUCCACGAUGCUGGUACUUAUGACGCGAAGACGAGAAGUGGCGGACCGAAUGCGUCGAUCAGAAGCGAGCUGGAGUACACUCAUGGCGGAAACGCAGGGAUGAAGAUAGGCAUCGACCUGCUUGAGCCGGUCAAGGCGAAACAUCCACGAGUAUCAUACGCUGACAUCUACCAGCUAGCUGGCGUGGUAGCUGUUGAAGUAACUGGAGGUCCUGCCAUCCCUUUCAAGGCCGGCCGAAAGGACUCUCUGGCUGUCACUCCUGACGGCAGGUUGCCAGAUGCUCAUAAAGGAUCCGCUCACCUACGAGAUAUAUUUUGCCGCAUGGGGUUCAGCGAUCAAGACAUUGUUGCAUUGAGUGGAUCACACACUCUGGGGCGUGCACAUAAGGACCGUUCAGGCUUUGAGGGGGCAUGGACUCAGCAACCACUGAAAUUUGACAACACCUACUAUGUGUAA